GGGUGGGCUGUAGCCCUGUUGCAGGCCACACACCGCGCCUCGGCCUGGGCGACCGGUAAUCCGGCUUCACGUUGGCGUUGCUUGUUGCUCUUCACGCUCGUUGUUCAGCAGCCGCUUCGCAGUCUCUGGAGAGUUGCCGGUUCUUGAAUAUUUCCUGAAUUUCAUCAUGGCUCGUGGACAGCAGAAGAUCCAAGCCCAGCAGAAGAAUGCUAAGAGACAAGCUGAAAAGAAGAAAGGGGGAUCUGAUCAAAAGGCGGCAGCAAAGGCAGCACUUGUGCACACGUGUCCAGUCUGCAAGACACAGAUGCCAGAUCCUAAAACCUUCAAACAGCAUUUUGAGAGUAAACAUCCCAAGUCUCCUUUGCCCCCUGAACUGGUAGAUGUACAGGCAUAAAUAAAAGCACAACUUGGAUAUGGACUUGGAUUUCUGCUGACACGGUGCACUGAAACCUACUACAUAAGGCCUGGAAAAGAUGAAGAGCAUUUGAUUCUUCAAACUUUUCAAUUUCUACUUACUACUGAACUUUGAUGUUUAAUCUUUUCAUGUUUUGGGACAAGGAAGCAUUGAAGAUUUUUUUUGUUUGGGCAUUACAAAGGUGCCAAUUCUUCAAGUGGGCUAAGUGGGAAAAGUGGUACAGAUCUUGUGAUAGAUUAGUACUAAUAUUGUUUCUUCACUACUUUUAAGCACUGGCAUCAUUGUGAUAUUAGUACUGCUGGAGUCUGUUACAAAUAUACGGGAGUUUGAUUCUGUGGCUUAAAGCUGUAGUGGUUAAUGCGAGAGCCACUUUGGUUGGAUACCAUGUUCCUAGAUUAUGACUAAAAAUUUCUUGAUCUCCCUGAGUGCAGCUCAGUCAGCCAUAUUAGCAUAUGUAUUCUUUGUUCAGCUUGUGUUCAGUACCUUCUUUGUAGAAGGGAUGUUGCAAUAUAUUAAAAAUUAUAUCCCUGUUACAAACAGUAAGUUGUGAUCAAUCCAUAAAGAUAAUCGGGUCUAUCACACUGGAUGUUUCCAAGUGAUUGCAGGACAAUUUAUUCUCUUGACCACCCUUUCUAAUUUUAAGCAUUUACUGUUCUGUUUGAUUUCCCAAAAAUAACAUUUGAUCAGCUCCAUGAAUCAUUGAGUAAGAUUCCCCACCUAUUUAUCAUGCAAAUGUUGGAUACUUUUGAAGGAACAGUCUCUUGAAACUUGCGUGCUUAUUCAGAGCUUUACAGAUAGUUUUGUAGCUAUAAUUUUUGGAAUUAGUUUGAUAACUAAUCUAUUAACUAGUUAUAAUUUCAUGAAUGAAAUUUGAAGGGAUUCCUCUAUAUAGAGAAAAAAAACAAUUAUCGCUGACUCAAAUUCCUAUUUCAAAUUACAGUAUUUAAGAUUGCAAUAGCUUUUAUUUCACCCAGAAUCUUGCCUAAUCAUACAUGCAGUAUUUUGUGAUUUAUCUGGAGCUCAAUGUGAUUUCAAUAAAUAUCAAAAGCACAUUUUCUUCUAGAAUGUCUCAGAAUUCCCUUAUUUUAAUGUUUAAAUGUCAUUUGUGACUAUGCUAGACUCAUUGUAUUGUUUCUUACCACAUGUAGCCCUUGAUCAUAGUCUUAAUAGUUCUGUAUUAAACUAAACCUACUCUAAGCUGCAGUCUAGCAUUUGAGUCUCGUAUAAUUGCUUUGAUUGGAAAUAUUGGGUAUACUAAGCACAUUGAAGAGGAAGCAUAUUUCCAUUGAUAAUUACAUGCUGUGAAUUCAGUAGUCUUUGAAGAUUGUAAUUUUUCAUCACUGUCUUGAGUUGCAGCUAACAAGAAAUGAAAUAUUUUGUUUCAGAACACUAUUAAUACAU